AUGGAGAACAAAUCCAUUAUGGAAGAGCUGCUGGUAAAGAAGUCUCAGCAGAAGAAAAUGGUGUCACGCAGCAAUUACAAAGAACGACUGUUUGUUCUUACAAAAACAAGCCUCUCUUACUAUGACUACGACUAUGGCAAGGAGAAAAGAGGAACCAGAAAGGGGUCGAUUGACAUAAAGAAAAUCCGAUGUGUGGAAGCAGUGCAUCUUGUGGAGGAGACCCCUCCAGAGAGGCAAUAUCCCUUCCAGAUUGUGUACAAAGAUGGCCUGCUCUAUGUUUUCUCUGCGAAUGAAGGAAGCCGAAGACGAUGGUUGGAUGCUUUGCAUAGAGAGAUCAAGGACAAUGAAGAUCUACUAAACAAGUAUCACAAAGGAUUCUUUUCGAGUGGAAAGUUCCUCUGCUGCAGUCAGGCUUGUAAAGCAGCACCUGGGUGCACCGUCUGGGAAAAAUACUCCAGCCUACAGAGUGCAAGCAGUUCCAUGAAACCACUGCCACCCUUACCAAGACAAUGGUCGAGUAUGAAGCACAUGGAGUACCAGCCUGCAAGUCCAACAUCUGCUAAGUCAUUUCUGAAAGAAAGAGCAUCUGUUCAUAACUAUGAACCCAAAGGCAGUGGUGUUCUGAAACAUAAAGAACCUGAUUGGUGGCAAGUGGGAGACAUGGAAGGGGGAAGUGCUGAGACGGCUGAAGUUCUGUCAACAGAAGAGGAGGAAAACACCGCUAACUAUGAUUGGUAUGCUGGUAGUCUCUCAAGGGCCCAGGCGGAACAAUUGCUACGGCAAAAGGGGAAAGAAGGUGCUUUUAUGGUUCGCAAUUCUAGUCAUGAGGGGAAAUUAACCGUAUCUGUACUCAGCAUGACCUAUAGGGACAAAAAAGGAAUAGUGAAACAUUACCAUGUGCAUGUAAACAGCGCAAACCAGUUCUACCUGGCUAAGAAUUACUGUUUUGAUUCACUCCCCAAACUUAUUUACUAUCAUCAACACAAUUCAGCAGGUAUAGUUACGAGGCUUCGACAUGCAGUGUCUCCAAAGGCAAACAAAGUUCCAUCCACAGCAAGUUUGAGAAAUGGGCCAUGGGAGCUCAAGCGUGAAGAGAUUGUCUUGCAGAAAGAAAUAGGGAGUGGCCAGUUUGGAGUGGUGCAGAUGGGAAAAUGGAAAGGGAAAUAUGAUGUUGCUGUUAAAAUGAUCAAGCAAGGAUCAAUGUCUGAAGAUGAAUUCAUAGAAGAAGCUGAGACCAUGAUGAAGCUGGAUCAUCCCAAACUUGUUAAACUGUAUGGCGUCUGCACAAAGACUUACCCCAUCUAUAUAGUGGCUGAAUACAUGGCUAAUGGCUGCUUACUUAAUUAUUUAAAAAAACAUGGGAAAGAGCUGCAUCGCUUUCAGCUUGUGGAAAUGUGUUUCCAUGUUUGUGAAGCGAUGGCUUUCCUUGAGAGCCAUCAGUUCAUACAUCGAGACUUGGCUGCUAGGAAUUGUCUGGUUGAUACAGAUCUAACUGUGAAGGUGUCUGAUUUUGGAAUGACAAGGUAUGUACUGGAUGACCAGUAUGUCAGUUCCUUAGGAACAAAAUUCCCAGUGAAGUGGUCAGCUCCUGAGGUGUUCCAUUAUGCCAAGUUCAGCAGCAAGUCUGACGUGUGGGCCUUUGGAAUCUUAAUGUGGGAGGUGUUCACGCUGGGGAAACCACCCUAUGAGCGGUAUGACAACAUGCAAGUGAUCGAGAAGGUUUGCCGCGGUUACCGGCUCUAUCGGCCACAGCUGGCUUCCAAGGCUGUCUAUCAAAUCAUGUGCAGUUGCUGGCAUGAGUUGCCUGAAAACAGGCCCACAUUUCACCAUCUGCUUUUGCUCAUGGAACUGCAGAGAAAGGAUGACAAACCCUGA